GAUUUUUCUAACUAAUCGGUGAAAAGUUAUCUGAAAUUUUAAUCAAACAUUGCGGUUAUAGUUUGCGAAAUUGGUUUUUUUAUUUUUUGAAAAAUUAAUGUUAAAAAAAGGAUUGUUUUUUGGUAUUUGUUGUUUUGCUUCAGCUUUUUCAAUAUUGAAACAGGUGCCAAAUAUGCAUUACAAAUGUCGUAACUCUCAGUACCCUAGAAGUAACCUGAUGAGACUGCACGUACCCGAUGAUAAAGUGCCAUGGAACGUUGAAUUUCCUGACUACUUCCCCAUUAGUUACACUGAUCCUUCCGUUUAUGGAAAGCCUUGGGCUGAUGUUGAUUUCGAAAAAGAAGGAGCUAAUCCCCAAAGGAUCUCUUGGAACCAGAUUGACACAUCUCUAAACGUAGAUCGGACCAGUUUCACUGGCAACUAUAGGCUCAAUACUGAUGGCCUGCCUAUGAACCCCAUGGGCCGAACUGGGAUCAAAGGUCGCGGAUUGUUGGGUCGCUGGGGUCCAAAUCACGCCGGUGACCCUAUUGUUACUAGAUGGGCCAGAGACCUAGUGACAAAAUCAGUAAAGGUAGAUAGCACUACUAAGAAACCUAUACUUCAGUUUGUGUCCAUUCAGAGGAAAGAUUCUAAAGAGUGGGCCAUUCCCGGGGGUAUGGUGGAUCCAGGUGAGAUGAUUACCGAAACUUUGAAGAGGGAAUUUGCUGAAGAGGCCCUCAAUUGCUUGGAGAAGACUGAGGCGCAGAGGAAAGCAGUCAAUGAUAGAUUGGACAAGGCAUUUAAAAAUGGCGUUGAGGUCUACAAAGGUUACGUAGAUGAUCCGCGCAACACAGAUAACGCUUGGAUGGAGACAGUUGCAUACAAUUUUCAUGAUGACAAGAAUGACAUUUUCAAUAUGAAUUUUAAAGCCGGUGAUGACGCAAUUGGUGUUAGAUGGAUGAACAUUGAUAGAAACAUCAAACUCUAUGCCAGCCACAAACACUUCAUCGAGAAAGUUGUGCAACUUAGGGGGGCCCAUUGGUAG